UAACACCGGGCGCUGAUGGUUUUCGCGGGCCGAUUACAGCGUCCCCGAAAACGUGGUUUGCCAGGGGUACCGCAGCGACGAGCAGUGGCGGUGGUGGCGGCAGAGUCAACAUCCGGCUGUGCAGAAAUGCGCACGUUUCGGCGCUCCUCGAGGAAAGAAGGACGCUGUGAUCGGGAUUUCGGAACAUGAAAGUGAGAUGAAUGGUCGCGAUACAAGGACGAGGACCUGAAGAGCACUGCCCUUUCGGGACCGGGACACUUUGCGAGGGCGAUUCAAAAUUUGUGUUUUUUUUUUGUUGUGCGCUCGUCCUUUAUAUUGUUUUUCAGCGUUGUCGCAUUUGAUCGUCACGUCGCGCGUGACCGCAAACGUUUUUGGUGCUUGCUAAACUCUAUUCGUGUUGUCGACUCGCCGGAUCGUCAGAUCAAGAAAGCGAAGUCGCGCCCGAUAACGCGCUGGGAUAACGUUUCUCGCAAAUGCUGAUGCUAACUGAUCAGCGGUGUGAUUUGAUAACAUAUAUUAUUUAUACAUAUAUAUACUAUAGGCUGUAUAUUUUUUUGUGACUCAAAGACAAUAACCGCUGUCAAUUAUCGCCCGUUCCAAAAAUUUACUCGAUCCGGAACGGAUUACUCCGCUCUUAUUAUCUCGUGAAAUUGUCACCGCCGUUUCGCGUCGAGGGAAUCAUCGGUGUCUCGCAUCUGAAGCAGCAGGCCGGUCCCUCCCCGUCCCUCCCCUCUGCCUUCCACCAUAGUCGACCCGGCGAAGCUAGCUUGUCCGCGCGACAACGCAAACACGGCUGGACACAUUGAGCACACGAGGUACAUCGGCACACAGGAGUCAUGUCAUCAGGAGCAGGAUCUAGUGGAACUGGAAGAGGACGUGGUUCCUCUUUAGCAGACAAUAAACCUGAAAGUAAGGAAGCUAAGCCAAAUCCAAAGAUGUCAAAAGCUUUAGGAACUUCUGCUAAAAGGAUACAAAAAGAAUUAGCAGAAAUCACACUUGAUCCACCCCCCAAUUGCAGUGCAGGACCGAAAGGUGAUAAUUUAUAUGAAUGGGUUUCUACUAUAUUGGGUCCUCCAGGCUCAGUUUAUGAAGGUGGUGUGUUCUUUCUUGAUAUACAUUUCUCCCCAGAAUAUCCUUUUAAACCUCCUAAGGUUACAUUCCGAACACGCAUCUAUCAUUGCAAUAUAAAUAGCCAAGGAGUUAUCUGUUUGGACAUAUUAAAAGAUAAUUGGUCUCCUGCAUUAACAAUUUCAAAGGUUUUAUUGUCAAUAUGUUCUCUCCUAACAGACUGCAAUCCAGCUGAUCCACUGGUAGGUAGUAUAGCUACACAAUACCUACAAAAUAGAGAAGAACACGAUCGCAUAGCACGGCUUUGGACCAAGCGCUAUGCUACAUGAGCAUAUUUCUUCAUCUACUCAUUAAACUCCUAUUAGUCUCAUGCCAACUUAUGAUUGCUGUUGCUCUCAUACAAACUUGUCUCAUAUAUGUAGUCUGUAUACAUCUUUAUCUAUGAUCAUGUUGGUCAGAAAAACAUGCAAGUGAGCGAAAACUGUUUGAGAUCAGCUCAAACAUUAUUGUGAUGUGCUUUUAUGUUGAGUAUGUAAUGUGCCUAAGAUGAAUGAAUGUGCGUGCAUAUGUGUGUUCAAAUCAGUGUGCCAGGGCAUAACGAGACAGGAGUUUUCCACUUAAAUAAAUGAGAUAGUAUUUAAAUGGUUUGUAUUGUCUAUCACAAUGCUAAUGUUUCUAGAAUAGGAGAUAACAUGAACAAUACUAGUAAUCUACUUAUGUAAGUAAUUAAUAGAUAGAAGAUAAGAUCAUAGAGGCCCAUUUUGUCAUAAUUAAUAUUUUUAUAAUGAAAUUUUAUUUGUCGUAAAUUUUUAAAUUAUUAUGUUUACAUUUAAUGUGUCUUGCUUGGCUCAAAGUUAUUAUCUACCAACAAUCAACAUGUAGUUAUUUAGCUACAUCAAAACUGCUGCACAUACACGAUUUGCGUUCAUAAUAUGAUAAUCGUAAUGUUCUGCAUGAAGCAGAUACAAUCCCACAUUGUCUGGGCCCAUCCGCAAAAAUAUUGUACUUGUAAAUAAAUAUCUAUUAUUUCAUGUACACACAUGUGUAAUGCUGAUACAUUCACAGAAACUUCUAAGUUUUCGACCCGAAGCUUUUACAUUCUGUUUACAUGUGCAAACUAAAAAUUUUCAAUAGAUUUCAUCAAUAAGUUCGGUUAACUCGCGAUAAAUUUUUCGAUUGACAAAUUUCUGUUUUCUUUCAGUAAAUUGUGUAGCGCUUUAUUUAAAGUGCAGAUAAAGAAAAUAACAAUAAAUAACGUUAACCAACA